AUGUUUUGUUUGUUUGCCAGCGUUUGUCGGCCUUCAACUGUUCGUAACAUCGGACACAUCUUCUUGCGAGAGAGAGAGAAAGAGAGAGAGAAAGAGAGAGAGAAAGAGAGAGAGAAAGAAAGAGAGGAGAGGAGGAGGAAUACGAAGCGACAAAUGGGAAUUGGUAACAAUGUGCUCGCGAGAGACAUUUCUGGGCCAGCGGCGGUAUCGUUCGGUUUCGCAGACAGCGACCGAUUGUGUGUGGCUAUUGCCACAAAAGAUUGGAAAUCUUUUACAGAGAAAUUUUCCACUCUUCGCGGAGACGUAGAUGAAGGUGCAAGUGAAUGA